AUGGUGAAUAUUCGAAUUACACUCAGAGAAAUAGUAAAAAAACUUCAAAAAUUCAAUCUAUAUCCAUCGAUUCCACCAUCAACCGAUGAAUACCAACUUCGGACAGAACGUAUUACAACACGAGUUUUCAUCAUUCUCUUGACGUUAUCCUUGUUCAUCAUUCUUCUCUACCAUUCUCUAAUUAAAAUUACAAAAACAGAUGUUCACAAAACACCGACAUUGGAGAAAUAUGAGCGUUUCUAUUCACUCUAUCCGAAUACAUUAACAUGUCCUUGUAAAAACAUCCUCGUUCCGUAUGCUGAAAUCGUUGAGAUAAAAUACAGCUUACAUGAAGUCUGUUCGUCAGAUUUGGUUACUCAACGUUGGUUUCAAUAUCUUCUAAAUUCUCGUGAUGAAAGCCGAACCUAUGAAAAUGAUUUUCGUUCAACUGGUUCAUUCACAUUUCAAGCGCUCGGCGGUUUAUGUCAGUUAGCGAAUCAAACAAUCGCUGAUAGUUACUCUCAGUUUUUGUUAAAUCAGUAUAUAAGUGCAACAAUCGCAUCCAGAGUAUUACUGGUAUCAGAAGUAAAAAUUUUAAUUGGACAAUUUCUCUCGUCAUCAACAAAUAGUUUUCUUCGUUCGCUAAAUAUGAUUCGUAGUACAAUCUUUAUCAAUGCCUUUUAUUCUGAACGAAAGACAAAUUAUUUGCUUCAAAUCCUGAAGAUAGUCGGAUUACAUCUCAUUGAAUCACCGGUCAGGUACGCAGAUUGUCGCUGUGAUCUAUCUUUUAAAUGCUCAGCUCCGAGCUCAAUCUAUGAAAAACAUAACCAACCGCCAGUAUUCACAAUUCCUGGUCUUUAUCGAGGUUGUUAUAUCAUGGAAGCACUUCUCCAAUCAAAUCUAGAAUGUUUUUACAAUCAAACAUGUGUACGCCAAUUGCAAUCACAUAUAAACUCAACAGUGGAAUUCAGCCUUACUACUCUUCAUAACCAAAAUAGCAGUAAAUAUUCUAUCAAUUCAACCAUCGAGCGAAUACUCACUGAGCUAAUGAUCGAAGAGUGGGAAGCAUCCAUCGACUAUGAGAAGUACUACAAAUUAUGUGAACCAUUUGAAUGCAGUUAUAGUUAUCGAACAAGUAAUGAGAAGGUCUAUAUUGUGACGGCAUCAUUUGGACUCGCAGGUGGUUUAGUGACUGUAUUAAAUGUGAUUGUACCAGCAUUAGUUAAAUUCAUCAGAAGAAAGAAACAACCGUCAACAUCGAACAGACAGAUUCGACCUAAGUGGACAUGUCUUGGUUUGAUUCGCAAAUUGUAUCAAUACUUGGGAACGUUGAAUCUCUUUGAAUCAAUUCCACCAUCAACCGAUGAAUACCAACUUCGGACAGAACGUAUUACAACACGAGUUUUCAUCAUUCUCUUGACGUUUUCCUUAUCUCUCAUUCUUCUCUACCAUUCACUAAUUGAAACUACAAAAACAGAUGCCCACAAAACACCCACAUUGGAGAAAUAUGAGCGUUUCUAUUCACUCUAUCCAAAUACAUUAACAUGUCCAUGUAAAAACAUCCUCAUUCGCUAUACUGAAAUCGUUGAGAUAAAAUACAGCUUACAUGAAGUCUGCUCGUCAGAUUUGGUUACUCAACGUUGGUUUCAAUAUCUUCUGAACCAUCAUGGUGCCGAUGAGUUAUAUAAACAAAGUUUUUUCUACAUAGUAGUAUACCUAUUUCAAGCGUUGGAUACUCUAUGUCAGUUAGCGAAUCAAACAAUUGCUGACAGCUAUUCAGAAUUUUUAUUGCGUGAGCACAUCAGCACAGUAAUGACAUCGUCGAAGCCAUUUAAAACACAAAUUCACACUUUUAUCGAACAAUUGCGACCAACAAUAAGAAGCAGUUUUCUUCGUUCUUUGGAUUUAAUUCGACAUACAGUUUAUACCAAUUUUUUACUAUCAACGCGAAGUACAAGAUUAAAUUUUGUAAUCAACGGACGCGAAAAUAGAAUCAUUUCAGCUAAAAGGACAAUAUCCGCCAACUGUUCAUGUGAAAAGUCAUCAACAUGUAUCGCUCCACUAGUUGAUUAUAAUGCUGGUACGAAUAUGACUAACUUUACUAUACCCGGCCUUUAUGACGGAUGUUAUAUCAUGGAAGCACUUCUCCAAUCAAAUCUAAAAUGUUUUUAUAAUCAAUCAUGUGUACAUCAACUGCAGUCAUAUAUCAAAUCAACAACGAAGUUCAACUUUACUCUUCUUCACAACCAAAAUAACAGUAAAUACCCUAUCAAUUCAACCAUCGAGCAAAUGCUCACUGAACUAAUGGUCGAAGAGUGGGAAGCAUCAAUCGACUAUGAGAAGUACUACAAAUUAUGUGAACCAAUUGAAUGUAGUUACAGUUAUCAAACAAGUAAUGAGAAGGUCUAUAUUGUGACGGCAUCAUUUGGACUCGCAGGUGGCUUAGUUAGUGUAUUAAAGAUUGGCGUACCGAUCGUAAUUCGACUCUUUCGAAAGAAAAAUUCCGCUUCAACGACACCUGCUGAAGUCGACGUCAACACAAGAAACGUUGCGUUUUACCAAAAUAUAUACUUUUUUAUAAGGAAUUUCAAUUUAUUUCCGUCGAUUCCACCAUCAACGAGUGAAAAGGAUUUAAAAUAUGAGCGACUAUCAACGAGAAUUUUUCUUGUUCUAUUGACUUUUACCGUGGCUAUUCUUUCCUUAUAUAAUGUUCUACUCGUAGCCAUCACAAUCGAUAGACCACCGCAUCCAACUCUUGAAGAAUAUGAAGGUUUAUAUUCAAUUUAUUCCAGCAGUUUACUAUGCCCAUGUAAGAAUAUUUUAAUAGAUUAUGAAAAUAUUCUCCAUGUUGAUUACACAUUGCAUGAAGUGUGCUCUUCACACUUUAUGAAUCGAAGUUGGCUUGAUCAAGUCUAUACUUUGGGUUUUUUUGAGAUGAUGAAGCGAGAAGAUUUUCGUAUAUCAGGUCAUUACCUAUUCAUGGGUUUGAGUAGUUUAUGUCAAUUAGUUAAUCGAACGAUAGCGGAGAGCUACGCGCAGUUUCUCUCGAAUCAAUAUCUUAGUACAACAGUCGUAUCAAGUGAACUAUUCAAAUCGCAAAUGGAAACCUUAGUUGAACAGUUCCGAUCAACAAUAACAAAUAAUUUUCUUUAUCUAAUUCACAUGGUCAGACAAACCACACAUACAAACGCGUUCUACUCUAGUUUAAUAACAAACUAUGACCUCUAUGUCGAUUCUGUGAACUUACGCAUUGCAACGAGAACAACUGUUUACGAUGAAUGUCGAUGUGAUCUCUCAUCUUCAUGUAAUGUUGACUAUCCAAUUUAUGAUCUCAUCACGAAGAAUGUAACGUAUUCUGUUCCUGGUCUCAAACGCGGAUGUUAUACGCUUGACGCGCUUCUUCAAUCGAAUCUGGGAUGUUUAUAUAAUACGACAUGCCUAAAAGAAUUAAAGUCACAUUACGUGUUCGGUUCUGAUCGAGAAACUCCGAUAAAACCUUUGAAUCCAUUGCUUUCAAGUAAAUAUACUCCUAACUCAACUAUCGAGCAAAUCUUGAGAAAACUAAUGAUCGAAGAAUGGAAUCCAUUCAUUAAAUAUGACAAAUAUUACAGCCAAUGUCAACCUAUUGAAUGCAUUCAUGGUUAUCAAAUAAGGUAUGGCUUAAUUCCUAUCAUAACACUAUUAAUUGGACUUGUCGGCGGACUAAUUUCGGUAUUAAAACUGGUAGUACCAAGAUUUGUAGCAGUACUACGAUGGAUUAUAACAAUAUUGAAGAAUAGAAGAAUCCUCCCUGAAACUUCAUCUUCAAACGAAUGA